ACUCUGCUUGUUAUACCCGUCAUGUCUUCAAGUACCACCAACUUCACUUACAACGAUACCCAAAAUACUUGGCAACAAACCGCCAAGAACCACCAUCGAUAACAACACUCACUCCAUCCCGCAAUCAACAACUACACACAGUACCUAACGCCCCCAAUCAACAAUCCCCAACUCCCUAAAACCAUAAUAAAAAAUGUCUACCCACUCCCGCUGGGUCCUCCUAGCCCUAUCCAGCGGCGCCUUCGCCGCCCUAAACGGCCUCUUCGCAAAACUAACGACAGACUCCCAAACAACAACCUUCGCCAAAUCCCUCCUUGCCUUCCUAAGUCUAACAGGCGACCAUCCCACUCUGGAGAUGCUAGUCAGGGGUGCUUGUCUGGGCCUUAACGUCCUCUGCAAUGUGAUUAUGUGGGCUCUUUUUACGAGGGCGUUGACGGCUGCGCCGUCGACGGUGAAGGUAUCAAUUACGAAUACGGCGGCGAAUUUUCUUGUCACGGCCGUUCUGGGGAUGCUUGUUUUUCGGGAGGAGGUAAGGGGGCUUUGGUGGGUUGGGGCUGGGAUGAUGGGGGGUGGGUGUGUUUUGGUGGGCAUGAGGGAUAAUUAGAUUCUUUUUGUUUGGUAAUAGAUCCGUUUAUUUGUAGAGUUGGGUUGGCUUUUAUUCUUUGGAGUUCUGGGGGAAUAUACAUACGCAGUGUUAUAU